GUAGCACAACGGAUGUAUUUUCGUCGCACGAGCUCGCUGUGAUAGCUUGCUGGUUAUCUUUCACGGGUCGCUUCAUCGUUUCUGAUUUCAUUUAUACUGAACGAAAUGGAAAGUGAUAUACUUGAUGGCUUGGAUCAAGUCGGAUACAACGGAGCCCUGGAUAACGAGAAUGCCCUAUUCACUGCUUGUGAAGAGGGCUUUUCCUCUCAAGAGUAUGUCGCACUGUGUAGGUGGUUGGCGGCUAAACUGGACCAGCACUGUGACCUGGAGAGUGAAAAAUCAAACACAUCAGAGGAUGCUAAGACGGAGAUGCUUCACUUAGGCAAGCUGUUCAGUGAACUGGUUUGUCCAUAUAAGGGGCUUGUUUCAGGGUUAAUGGAAGGAGAACUGAAGAACAAAAAGGACCAUCUGAAAAUCAUUUUGUUUUUGGUAUCUGAACUUCAGGCUGCACAGAUUGUGGCCAGCAAGACAGGGACUGACACAAAGAUUAAGAAACAGAUUACACCUCUGCAAGAUCUCCAAAUGAUUUGCAAAGCACUAAAACUUGGAGAACCUGGCCAGCAACAAACAUCAGACUUGUUUUCCUAUAUAGAAAACCAGGUAAAUGUUUUGCUCAAGAAAGUUCCAGAGAAGCAUAUUGGAAAACCAGUAUUGAGGCAUUCCCUUAGCAGUGAACAGUGGAGGCAGCUGGAGAAGAUAAAUUGCAUUCUUUCCGCAGACUACGAGUGUCGUCGGCGCAUGCUGAUCAAACGGCUGGAUGUCACUGUGCAGUCUUUCAGCUGGUCUGACAGAGCCAAGGCAAAAAUUGACACGAUGGCCAAAGCCUAUCAGCCAAAGAGACACUCAUUGACGUUGAAGUCAUCAAUAAGCCUUGCUCAUCUACUGGCAGCACGAGAAGAUAUCUGCAACGUGGUGAAGACAAGCAGUGGUGCCAGCAGAGAGAAGACUGUCUGUGCUGUGAACAAAGUGCUUAUGGGAAGGGUUCCUGAUCGGGGUGGAAGACCAUCAGAGAUUGAAGCUCCUCCCCCUGAGAUGCCACCUUGGCAGAAGAGACAGGACGGAGGAGGACGGGGGGGUGGAUACAGAGGAGGAGGAGGAGGAUACGGUGGAGGCGGAUACAGGGGUGGAGGUCAUGGAGGAGGAGGAUAUGGAGGAGGAGGCGGGGGAUAUGGACGAGGGGGAUAUGGGGGUGGAGGAUAUGGAGGAGGAGGAUCCAAAGGUGGGUGGGGCCGAGGAGGUGGAGAACGAGAUCACUGGGGAAAGGGUGGUAAGGGAGGUUAUUAUCGGUGACACAAAUUGAAAUGGAUGUGCACACGUUAAAACGUAUUAGGAUGCAUUCGUUUGUUCAACAGUAGGUUUUUUCCGUUAUUUUCGUCCUCAUUUGGAACGUGUGCUGAGACUUAAUCAGACAUUGAAAACACUUAAAUAAGACCUGUCAUUUCUAUGUGGUCACCUAAUGCAACAAUGAAUUUCAACCACCAAGUGGGACCGCUGGUCUGUGUGGUUACAUAUGUGAUGAGGAAGACGGAACAUUGUAAUUAAAUGAACAAAAUGGCCAAGCAUUUAUGUAGUUGUGAUCAACAUGUUUCCAUGUGUUUUGUUUUAUUUGGUAAUCAGAUUUGUUUAGGGAUUCAGCCUUCCUUGUUUUUAAGGACAAGCAGAUGCCAGUAGAUGAAGUAUAUAAUUUACUGAUGAUAUCAUGCAUGCUGUAAACUGUACCUCCAACAGCCGCAAACAGCUGCAAAUAAAGCUGCCGUAAUCUGACACCCCUGCAAGCAACAUUUUUAAACUGAGAAGGGUGCUUUUUAUUAUUGUUAUUAUUACUCUUAAAUCAUG